AUGGAUGCUGCUCUGGAAUAUCACGAUAACCUUAAUUAUAAUGACACUUCAUUUCCAAUUGAAGAUAUUUCAUCUCGUAUAACCUCUGAUAAUGGAAGUGAACAGAGGUUUUUUCAUGAAUUAGAAACAUUUACUAUUAUGUCCAUAUUCGUGAUCUGCAUUUUAGGUGCCGUGGGGAAUGGAAUCAUCAUCUGGCUUCUUGGUUUCCGCAUUAAGAGGAAUCCAUUCAUCACUUACAUCCUGAACUUGGCCGUCGCUGAUUUCGGGCUCCUCGUUUCAUGGAUUAUUAUUUUGUUUGUUAGUAAGCCUUUUGACAAACGUUAUAAAUUUCCUACUAUUAUUUCUGCUCUGUUCUACUUUCUGUUCCUAUCAAUGUAUGGCGCUGGUCAAUUUCUCCUGACUGCUAUCAGCAUUGACCGGUGUGUGGCUAUCUUCUUCCCACUUUGGCACCAAUGUCGCCGGCCAGCACAUUUGUCCACCGUUGUAUGUGUAGUGAUAUGGGUCCUCUCCUCCCUGCUUUCUAUGAUUACUGUCAGUAUCAUAAUGAUUUAUUUUAAUGGAAAUCUUAUUCUAUUUUCUUACCAGUUUAUGGUGAAUGCCGUGCUUUGCCUCCCCCUCAUGACUUCUGCCACUCUUGCCCUGUUCAUUAAAGUCUGCUCUAAAGCACAACAGCAGCGGAGGGGAAAGCUUUUGACUAUCAUCUUGGUCACUCUUCUCUGCUUCCUCUUCUUAGCUUUUCCAUUGAAUGUCAUAGUCAUCUUGCGUUAUUAUAAUUAUAUCCAUUCAUAUUUUGAAGUUUGUGCAUUGGCAUUAUCUUGUUUAAAUAGCAGUGUUAACCCCAUGAUUUAUUUCCUGGUUGGGAGACAAAGGAAGGCUAGGCAAAAGGAGAGCUUGAAGGUCAUUCUCCAGAAGGUUUUCAGGGAGGAGGAAGGCUGUGCUGAGGAACUGCAAACCCCAGAUGAAACCCAGUUAUGA